AAAAUAUUUUGAGCUGGGAUUUUUCUGGGCAAUAAAUCAAUAAUAAUGGUGAGAAGCCCACCACCAGGAAUCUAGCACCAAUGCUCCCUCACAUUGAGAGCCAUAACGGAAGAAGAAAAUAAGGGGGAAGUGGGGGUGAGUUGAAGGACAAAAGGCCUGCAAGAGUGGGGUUUUAUGGGUCAUCAGCUUCUGAAAACCAGGGAACAAUUAGCCUCACUUUUUUCUACUGCUUUUCCCAUGGUACCAUCUCUUCUUUAACUAAUUUUGCAGUCUUUCUCUUGUAAAGUCAUGCUUUUGGCGUUCUGGUCUGGUGGGUUAUGUUUUGACAAUAACUCAUACAAAACAAGCUGGUCUGCCAGUUUUUCUGCAGAUGGUUGCAGGCUCAGAAAUCAGAAUGUUCAAAGUUUUGGUCUUUUUUGCUCUUAUAAUUAGGUCCCAGUAGUUCUGCUCUCUGGGAUUUUCUGCUCAAAGGGGCCUUUAUUUAGGCUUUAACCAUUCUGAUCUUGAUACAAUGUUCUGAUUUAGGAGAAAUUGAUGUUACAGUGUAAUGGGUGACAAGGGGGAUUCAGGUUCUUUAGAAGGGAAGGAAAAUUUUGGGCCAAUUUUCUUUGGGGUUUCCUGUGCAUUCUUUGCACUGAGGGUUUUGCCAGAUUCUGAAUCAUGUGAUGAGAAUUGGUCAGAGAUCAGGAAUAAAAUGCUCCAAGGAAGUGCCCAGUUGUUAGGGUUGCUUGUUUGGAGGAUUCAAAAGGAAGAGGCUAAUAAUACUAGGAUGUCUGAUCUAACGUUUGAGCUCGAGAAUGCUCGGGGAGAGAUUGAAGAGCUGAAGAAACAACGAAGCGAGGAUGCAAAGGCGAAUGCUAAGGUUGUUGGGAUUUAUGCAGCUCAGGAGCAGUGCUGGUUUAACGAGAGGAAGAAACUCAGGCAGCAAAUUGGCGGCCUGAUGCACGAGCUGAGAGUUGUCGGGAUGAAGAAGGACAAAACGGUCUCCGAAUUGAACGAAAAGUUGAGGGAAAACGAGGCUGCUUUGCAGUUGAAAGAUAAGGCGAUUGAGGAAGAGGGAGAGAAAUGCAAGGAGCUCGAAGAUGAAUUGAGGAAGGCCGAAAACGUUGCAGAAGAGUUGAGAAAUGCUGCAAAGGUUGAAGCUCAAAAGCAUGGCACCGAGAUCACGAAGCACAAGACCGCUUUCAUCGAGCUCGUGUCGAGCCAGCGCCAGCUCGAAGCCGAGAUGGGCCGUGCUGCUAGGCAAUUCGAGGCUGCUAAGGAGGAGCUCGAUUCGGUCUUGCAGCAAAAGGAGCAGUCGGUUUUGAUGAUGCAGAAGCUAUCUAUGGACCUCGUUAAGGUGCGAAAGGACUUGGAACAGAAAGAUCAGAUCUUAUCCGCCAUGCUUCGAAAGUCCAAAUUGGACACCGCAGAGAAACAAAUGCUUUUGCAGGAAGUGAAGCUAUCUAAAUCCAAGAGAAAACAGGCCGAGCUAGAAACCGAAAGAUGGAAACACCUCUCUGAGUCCAGGCACGAAAGGCUCUCGUUAAGAAAUCUCUUGUCUAAACAUGGAAAUUCUAAGUUAGAUGGUAAAGGGCUGCACCCAAAUGAGAUUAUGCCAUCCAAUUCUGGAAAGAACAGAUUAAAGAAGAUAGAUUAUCUUCUCGAGUACGAACAAUCUGCCUGUAGGAAAGAUCCCGAACUCAUUUCUCCUCUAACUGACAACUAUUUGACCAAUGACAAUGAAAUAUCUGUAGCUGAUAUUGAGCACUUGGAGAAUUGGGUUCGAUCCGAGGUUGAGAAAUACAGGAUUGCAUUUGAGCAGAGGCAUCACCUAGAAAUCGAAGCUUUUGCAGAACAGUUGAGGCUCAAGGAUGAGAAGUUAGAAGCUUUUCGUUGGCGCCUGCUUAGCAUGGAAGUGGAGUCGAAGAGGCUUCGGUCCCAUUUCGAAGCUAUGGAUCAAGACCUGUCGCAACUGAGACAAGAGAACAUGAGGUUGGAAGCAUUGGUCUCGAACCGGGAAGCAGAAAUAAAUUCCUUAAACGAGCGGCUGAGUGAGUCAAAGGAUGUCCCAGAUUGUCAGAAGCCGCAAGAUCAAGAUACAAUUUGGUCCAAAGUUAAGAUUAUAAAGAGAAAACCGGGGGAGAAAGAGCAAGGAAUCAAGAAGGGCACCGAGGAAAUCUGUGAGGAGGCUGAAAUUACAGCAGUAAAUCCUCCCAAGGACAUCAUAUUGACACUAAAAUAUCCUAUAAAGGAGAUUCAAGAAGAGGGCGCCUCGGUGGCCUUGCAGCCAAGUUCAACGGGAGACGAACAUUUCAACACAGACAAUUCUCGUGGUGCUGAAACAUCAACUUCGGUAGACAAUUCUGCACCUAAGAUUAGCCCCGCGUGGAAGGUGAAUCUUCAAGCUCUUGGAAUCUCGUGCAAGAUCAAGAUGCUGAAACAGCAAUUUCUCGUGCUCGAGCGCUUGACAGGAAAGCAAGAGCGAUGUGAAAAUAGCGAAAGCAAUGGCAAUGCACACUUCACUAUGCAAGGAUUCUAUGCACUGAUAUCUGUACUAAAUAAGCAGGUUGCUCGAUACGAGUCUCUUCAGGGAAAGAUCGAUGAUCUUUGCAAGAGAAUGCACGAAAACAAUCUCGACAAAGCAAGAACAAAGGAGCAGAUCAAGAUGCUGGAACACUUUCUCGAGGAAACGUUUCAACUGCAGAGAUACAUAGUGGCAACCGGACAGAAGCUGAUCGAAGUUCAGACAAAGGUUGGUUCGGGAUUAGUUGGAGCAUUACAAGAAGUUGACAGGCCCGACUGCUUCGACAUGAAGAGGUUUGCAGAUAACAUCAAAACUCUCUUCAAAGAAGUUCAGAGAGGCCUUGAAGUUAGGAUAGCACGAAUCAUCGGAGAUCUUGAAGGCACACUGGCUUGUGAUGGCAUGACACGAUAGAAAAUCUCCCCAACGUAGUAAAGAAAACAAGUAAACAACCAACCUUUUUACCCCUUUCUUUCUGCAAGCUUUUGGUCCAUCUUCUGCAGAGCUAUCUAAGAUAUAUAUAUCUGUAAUUUUGUAUAGUGAUUUUACCACCUGCAAUAGGAAUCUCUUUUCACAGUGUUCAUAUGAAAUUCUUGAUUUGCACACCAAA